GCCCGGGAGGCUCAAGAAGGCGGCCUAGGGCGCCGUCCAGGCAUGUUCACAGCGGUCGCCCACAGGGGGCGAUAAGGAGCCAAGGAGAACCGCGGUUCCAAGUCCGGGCUGCGAAGUUUGUCCGCGCUCGCUUCUCGUCCGGGUCCUUUUCCGGGGCCGCGGGCUAGGGUUCCUAACUAAGAUGGCCGCUACCGGGGAGCUUCCUCCGCCCGAAACCGGCAAGCCUUUGCUUGGGCUCCUGAAUGGCAUCGCCCAAGCCACCUAUUAUGGCAACGCGGAGAUCACAGAGGAGCUGCUGCGCGAACAGCUCUAUCCGGAAACGGCGCCGCAGGAAUUUGGCGUCCUGCGGGCCAAGAUGACGGGGAUCGUCAAGUCAAUAGCUUCAGCAGACAUGGAUUCUAAUCAGCUAGAAGCUUUUUUAACUGCACAGACCAAGAAACCAGGAGGCAUCUCAGCUGAUCAAGCUACAGUUAUUGCAAAAUUUUGGAAGAACCACAGAGUGAAAAUCCGAGAGAGCCUGAUAGAUCAAAGCAAGUGGGAAAAUAGUUUGAAAAACAUGAGCUGGAGAGUGGAUUUAAAAUCACAGUCAAGAAAUGGUGACCAGUUAAACAGUCCUGUGGCAAUAGUUGAAAUGGAACUUGGGAAGCAUGGACAGGAAAAAAAGAAUGACUACUCACCCUUUGGAUUUCAUAUUUGCCAGCAUGGAAAGUGUUGAUUCCACCAUACAUGAGAAUUUUAGCAUUAAAGUUCCUGGACCAAUAGCAGGAGGUUCUCCGACAAUGAUGCGGUUGAUUAUAAGACAUGACAGGAGUGGAGGCUGUUGUCAGGUGCAUGGACUUGUUAUUAUGAAAAAUGUGGUCUUUGCUCCCAGAUUUACUGUGCAGUACAAGGCAUUUUUCUCAGAAAGUACCCUGAAUUCAGUGGGUCUUAACAGAUUUUGUCCUUACUCCUAGAAAAGUGUAUAUAGAAGAGGUGGGUAACCUGUGGGAGUUGGAGGGCACAUGGACUCUUUUCAAGCCAAGAGGGGUUGCAACUGUGCUGCCAGAAGAACUGACUUUUCUUCAGAAAUUUGCUGCUGAACUGCUGCCCUAUUUUGGUGACACAAUAGUGCAGUUUAUGGUCAAAGCCAAAUUAACACUUACACAGGAGGCUGAUUCAAAUUUAAAACAGACAUACUGCUUCUCUCAGUAUUUAGUUUGUGCUAAAUUAGACUGUGUAAAAUAAAAUUAAUCAAAAGGGCAGUUAAGGUAUAGCACACCAUUGUAGCA